GGAGGGUCGCGCGUCGGCUCAGCGGGAAACAGCCUGAACAAUAACAAUGGCUCUGAAUCAUCAUCAUCAGCAAGGCUGGGCUCAUGGCCGAUGGACAGGGCCUUGAGGGAGACCAGGCUGCUGGACGGGGCCUUGAAGGAGACCAGGGUGAUGGACGGGGCCUUGAGGGAGACCAGGGCCUCCCGGACCAUCAGGAGGCACCUCUUUAAGGAGAGUCACAGGCCGAAGACCACAGAUUUGAAGAAAAUGGAGGACAGGUUCGGGCCGCGUUUACUGAACCAGUGGCACGGUGACCAUCCGCCUGAAGCUCAGAGCAGAGUGCCAGUCCAUCCACAUGACUGUGAGAUCGUGUACCGGCUGGUGGACACUGCAGUCGACGCUGCCCUCUAUGGCUCAGGGGAGCGAGGCGUGGGGGGUCACUGUAAGACCCCCAGUCAUCUUAUCAAUGAGGAGAGCCACAGCAGGUACAGACAGGUGUUCUUCAGUUUGACCUCAGAUAUAUUACAUGAAGUAUUCUCAGAUGUCAUAGCAACAGGCGGCCAUUGCCAAAGACCUGAUGCUACAACCCUAACCCCAACCCAUUGCCAAAGACCUGAUGCUACAACCCCAACCCCAACCCAUUGCCAAAGACCUGAUGCUACAACCCUAACCCCAACCCAUUGCCAAAGACCUGAUGCUACGGCAACAUCGCUCUCAACCCGGGACAUGAAGGUCACAAUAAAGAGGGAGGUCCAGAAGAUGCUAAACUUGGAGAGGAGUGAGAAACAGAUUGAGGAGAUGCUGAGGACUCUGUGCAAGUUCUGGUACACCAAGAGAGACAGAGUGGACUACAUACUGAUGGGUGAGCUUCAGGGGGAAGAACGGCAGUGGGUGGACUACAGUCUGGACCAGACCACCGUGAAGCUGCAGCUGGCGGAGGACAUCUUCAGUCUUUUGGUGGAUGACACCAUCUCUGUCCUCAGGGGCAUCAGUUCAUCACUACACACCCAGCCAUAAGUGUGUGUGUGUGUGUGUGUGUGUGUGUGUGUGUGUGUGUGUGUGUGUGUGUGUGCGCGCGCUCCUUCUCAAUUCAUCACUACACACCCAGCCAUAAAAACUGAUGAAUUUAAACUGA